UGGAGCUGAGUGUUAGCGCAGUCAUCCAAGGUCAUAAGACAAGUUACUUGGAUUGAAGUAACAUUCUGAUAGGUAGGUUUGUUCUCUUCCCUACUCUGUCCACAAUUGUAUCUGUAGGACAAACAGAAAACACUGCUGCUUUUAAAGAAAACUUCAUCACUCUGAAGUCGUGGCUAUACCACAAAUACAACUUCUUCAUUUCAAUUUAGUGAAAACUCAUAUUUGUAUCAAUAUAUCAAUGAUUUCACUAGAAAUCAUGCUUGCAGAGAAUACUACAUACCAAAGGCCAUCAAAAACCUAGACAACCAAUUCUGACAGGGAAAGCUAUAAGGAAGCUUGUGCGCAAGGCGACUGGUGGCAUCUAGAAUCCUCAGAUUUCCUUGACUGAAUCCAUCUGGUUUUAGCCCUAAAUAUAGUAGACAAGCUGCACUGCUUGCACUGAUAAAUUUUAUCUUCCAAAUGAUAGACCAAGCUGAUAUUAUUUCUACAGUUGAGUUCAACCACACUGGAGAACUGCUGGCUACUGGUGACAAGGGGGGUCGGGUUGUUAUAUUCCAAAGGGAACCUGAGAGUAAAAAUGAGCCUUACAGUCAGGGGGAGUACAAUGUUUACAGCACUUUCCAGAGCCAUGAACCUGAAUUUGAUUAUUUGAAGAGCUUGGAGAUAGAAGAAAAAAUAAACAAGAUCAAGUGGUUACCGCAGCAAAAUGCAGCUCACUCACUUUUAUCAACAAAUGAUAAAACAAUCAAGUUAUGGAAAAUUACUGAAAGAGAUAAGAGGCCAGAGGGGUACAACUUAAAGGAUGAAGAAGGAAAGCUUAAAGAUCUUUCUACAGUAACAUCACUACAGGUGCCUGUAUUGAAACCUAUGGAUUUGAUGGUAGAAGUCACUCCCCGGAGAAUCUUCGCUAAUGGUCACACCUAUCAUGUCAACUCAAUAUCUGUCAACAGUGACUGUGAGACAUACAUGUCAGCGGAUGAUCUCAGGAUUAAUCUCUGGCACUUAGCAAUCACAGAUAGAAGCUUCAACAUUGUAGAUAUAAAACCAGCCAAUAUGGAGGACCUGACGGAAGUAAUUACAGCCUCUGAGUUUCAUCCCCAUCACUGCAAUCUCUUUGUCUACAGCAGCAGCAAAGGCUCCCUGAGACUCUGUGACAUGAGAGCAUCAGCCCUCUGUGACAAACAUUCCAAGCUUUAUGAAGAACCAGAAGACCCCAGUAAUAGAUCGUUUUUUUCAGAAAUUAUCUCCUCAGUGUCAGAUGUCAAAUUCAGUCACAGCGGUAGAUACAUGCUAACAAGAGAUUACCUCACUGUCAAGGUUUGGGAUCUGAACAUGGAAACAAAGCCUGUAGAAACGUACCAGGUGCACGAUUACCUUAGGAGCAAGUUGUGUUCCCUCUAUGAAAAUGACUGCAUCUUUGACAAGUUUGAAUGUGCAUGGAAUGGAUCAGACAGUGUCAUCAUGACAGGAGCAUAUAACAACUUCUUUCGAAUGUUUGACCGAAACACCAAGCGGGAUGUUACCUUGGAGGCAUCCCGGGAGAGCAGCAAACCCCGUGCUAUUCUCAAGCCCCGGAGAGUCUGCGUUGGUGGCAAACGGAGGAAAGAUGACAUCAGUGUCGACAGUUUGGACUUUACUAAGAAGAUCUUGCACACAGCGUGGCACCCAACUGAGAACAUCAUUGCUAUAGCAGCGACAAACAAUCUCUACAUAUUUCAGGAUAAAGUGAACUCAGAAAUGCACUAGGUUUAUCAAUAUCCCUCUGUAUCUACAAACCAGCCUCUUGAGAGUUGUAAAAGGAUGUGAUCUUCACAAAAAUUAGGGCUUCUGUGGUGGGAUUUGUAGGUUGCAUCCUUUCAUCCCUCAGCCUGUAUCAUUACUGGUGGCAAGCCAACUAUUCUCAUCACUGCAACUGUAUGAGUAAAAGGCACGACUGCAAAUCCAGCCCCAUGGUCUGUGUCGGUUCCUUUAAUCCAACAGGGGCACUUACACAGCUGGGGAGUGUUCUGAGGAGGUCUGGGACUCCUCAGCUCCUGUCAGUGCUUUGAGGGUCUCAGUGGUUCACAGGACCACGUCGUUCUGGUGCACUGCCUGCUUCUGCAGCCCACAGUUACCACACUGUUAGAGCUUCUGCUUUAAUCUUCUGAUUAUUAUUUUUUUUCAGUAACAUUUUUCUGUCUUUCAACUAAGCUGAGCCUGUUUGUGCGCGAACGAAUGAUAGCCGCAUCCCUUUGGACCACGUGGCACAUUGAAAAGGCCUCCCAAAUUCUUGCUGGUGAGAAGCUGCCCUGUGUCACCUGUCCCAUUCCCUUCUUUACACUCUUGCAUUAUUUAUUCACAUUACUAACUUUGUGCUUCGACUUCCUGAGUGAAUAAGCAGCAGGCUGCUGGAGUUACUCAGCCAACUUGUUUUAGGAAGUUCAUUCUCCCUCAAUCUCUUUGCUCUGUUUAAUAUUUAGCAGCUUUACCCCUAACUUGGCAUUACCACUGCAUGGGGACUGGCUGCUCAAACACGGCCUAGCAGAGUUAAUCCAUAAACCUACACUGUUGCCUGGGGGUGGGGAGUUCUGGAAGCCUUGGCUAACAGUGCUGUCCUUGGAGGUAAAUCCGGACUUCAGUGGAAGCAAAGUCACAGCUCUACUGGACACUUCAGGAAAUCCCACGUUUGCUCAGUGCAGAAUGGUUAUUCUUGUCCUGACAUAUGGGGAAUACAGAAAAUGCCAUAAUAGCUGUAGCUAUAAGAAGAGUAGUACUGUGAAAGGUGGCACUGCUGAGUGAACUGGGAGGUGUCAGCCCACUGCUGGGUGAUGUGGGUAUUCCUGGAGAAAGAGGAAAACUCAAAGUCCAAACCAAAACUUCUUCCACAUAAACACAUCACUGUGAGAUCUAUAGCUCUUACAGAUCUGUCUUUGCUUUUAAAUGAAUAGGAUGUAAGUAAGUGGCAAAUGAAAGUACGUGGAAUUAUGUGCUCUGUUUUGGAAGUCCAUGGGAACAGUGUAGUGCUAGGAAGUCUUCUUCAUGCACAAGAAAGUUCUGUCUGCCUCCCUAACAGCUCUGGAAGAAAAACAGAUAUCCCAAAGGAUUUCUUCGCAAAUCACAAACACGAGAGCACAACUGAGAUGUUGGCAUUAAUGUGCCCAUAUUAAAACUCCUCAGAAAACAAACAAACAAAAAAACCACUUCUUUAAGCCAUUAUGCACUGAUGUCUUUGGUAAGUGGAGAACAGACUGAUAAAGGGAUCUGCAUGCUUUCCUAUUUUGUUUUGGAUGAAAGAAUGGGUGAAAAGCUGCUUUAAGGACCUGAAAAAAGCCAAGCCUGUGGCUCUUUUAUAAGACAUCUAAACACAACACGCCAAACCUGUCUGAAGUUUUCUACAUCAGUGCUGUAUACUUUGUGUGUAGAAGCACAAACGCACGCGCAUCGGUUUCCAGCCAUACUGAACACAUCCGGUGUGAAACACGUAGGUUAAUUUAAAGGGAAUGAGGAAUGUUUGUUUAUAAAAUACUGUAUGCUCUAGCAGGCAUGGACAGUAUGUGUACAUAUUUAUUCAUAACGAGAUUUAACAAAACCGCUUUUUUUCCUUGUAAAGAGGUUUAAGGAUGUGGUAAGUUGUAUAGAAAAGUUGCUAAUGCCAAACUGCUGCUUCAAGGGCGCCAUUCAAUUUCUUUGACUUCUGGCCUCAUUAACCUUCGCAGCUCAAAAAAAAUUGCUCUGAGCUCAUAUUGGCAUUUACAGGUAGAAGUUCUGUGAAACAUAUAUUUAGCCUUCACCAUGCUCAAGUAAGAGACUAUAGAUAACUUAUUAUAAAGCAGCUCUUAAUACAAUUCUUUUUCUUUCUUUUUUCUUUCCUUUUUAAUUUGAAGUACCUUACUCUGUUAUAGCUCUGGGUACCAAAAAGAUCGUGUUAAAAUUAAAGAAAUAAAUAUAUCUUUGGAGCUUUAUAAAACUAAUGAAACACCCAACCAAAAUAACACAAAGUGAUUACAGAGGAAGUAAACAGAAAUCUCUUAAAGACCAGUAAUCAUUCACAUCUUUGACUUUGCUACUACAGUUGUUUCCUGGUCUUCUUGAAUGUAUGGAAAGUUAACAUCGUCAUUGUGAACGUUUCCAACUUUCUUUCUCUUUUUAGUUUGAGCUUUCAGUGGUGUAGAGUAAAUGAUGGUAAAGUUGGUAAAUCUGAUUGUUUUGAAAGCUGUUGUUCAUGGCUGCAUUCUUUGUGUUGCACAAAUUAGCUAACUGUUGUUGAAUAAAAAUAUAAAUAUGUUAA